AUGAGUGUUUGGUCAGAGAGUCGGAUAUGGUCCCCCGACACCCCUUGGGAUCACGCAAUCGGUCUCUCAAGUUUGCACCGCUGUGCACACACGCCCAGGUCUUGGAGGAUCCAAGAGGGCUGCCCCAAGGGCUUUCAUCGUGGAUACCUGGGGGUGGCUCUGCUGUUCUUGCAGAUAUUUAAAGACCAGCUCUUCUGUGCCAGAUACCGUUCUCCAGGCACAUUCCACCCACAACUGCCUACAGCCUUCCAACAGUUGGCCAGCCUGCUCUUAAAGCUUUCUUCGCGUCCUUCUCGACCGAACCCGAAAAACAAAAUGUUGAAACUAAAAUACUUGAUCUUGGCUUGUGUGCUGAUUCUCGAAACCUAUGGGCUCCAUGAGCGCGCAGUGACGACAUCGCCCCAAAACUCCAGACGAGCUAUCCAACUGUCGCCCAGGGAUUAUCAGAAGGACGAUGCCAAGGAUUAUUCCGCAAAAGACCCCAAGUAUAGUGCGCCGAAGCCUCCCCCCCACAAGGAAAAGCCCGAGCCGCCCAAGUAUGGCAAUCCAAAGCCCCCACCACCUCAUGACAAGCCCCCACCCCCACCCCCGCCCCACCAUAAGCCCCCACCGCCCCCACCGCAUAAACCUCCGCCCCCGCCACCGCAUCAUAAGCCCCCGCCCCCACCGCAUAAACCCCCGCCCCCACCGCAUAAGCCCCCACCACCCCCGCCACCCCACCACAAGCCCCCACCACACCAGAAACCCCCACCACCCCCACCGCACAAGCCCCCGCCACCCCCGCCACCCCACGACAAGCCUCCACCACCGCCACCUCACAAACCUAAGGAUCCCAAGUACGGCGCUCCGAAGCCCCCACCCUCGCCUCCACCUCAGAAGCCGAAGGAGCCCGGAUACGGUCACAAGAAACCACCUCACAAGGAAGAACCAGACGAAGAUUCGCACAAGUAG